AUGUAAGCUGUUGGAUUAUGAUUUGUGAUUUGCAAACUUUCAAUCAUUAAAAUCACUUUUGAAUUAACGAACAAAAAAAUGAUGAAAAUUUUGUCUACACGUUUAUUCAUAGGCAUUUUGCUUAUAUCUUCGACGAUUACAUUGUCGGUAAAUGGCAAUUCACUUGGACUUGGCCAAAUAUUUGAUGGUGAAUUGAUUGGUGGUGGUGGUAAAGGUGGUGAUGGUAGUAAAAUAGGUGGUUUUAUUGGCACUUUGGCUGGCGGGCUUAUUGGAGCGGAAAUAGGUCAUUUUAUUGGUUCAUCUCUUUUGGGUGGUGGUUCCAGUAGCCAAGGUUCUUCGAGCAGUCAAUCCGGUAGCCAAGGCCAAAGUGGCAAAAGUAGCCAAAGUGGUGGUCAAUCCGAAAUAAUGAAAAUUGGUUCCCAACUUUUUCCUGGUUUAUCACAAAUAAUUGGUGGUGGUAGUGGUUCCAGCGGUCAAUCUGGUAGCAAAGGCCAAAGUGGCGGUCAAUCCGGUAGCAAAGGCCAAAGUGGCGGUCAAUCCGGUAGCAAAGGCCAAAGUGGUGGUCAAUCCGGUAGCAAAGGCCAAAGUGGUGGUCAAUCCGGUAGCAAAGGCCAAAGUGGUGGUCAAUCCGGUGAUAUAUUGAGUAUACUUCAAAAAUUUCUGAAAAAAUGAAAAAAAAAUCCAAUUAAUGUUCAACAACAAAAAAAUAAUGCCGUAUUCUGGCAUUGAUCAUCAAUUGUCAAUUGAAUUAUUUUUUUCCGGAAAAUAAAAAUAAAUUCAGAAUUUUAAUUCUUAAAUAAUCCUAUGUCAUCA